AGCCAAUCAGAAUCAAGGAAAGAUGUCAGAUCUGACAACUUGUCAGACUAAAAUGUUGAUGAAACGGUCCCCAGGUUGCGGCUAGGCUGAGAAUGGAUGCACCACACAUGAUGUCCAUCCAUUGUGUGGUGCAUCGCAUUGCUCUAGGGGUCUCCCAGGCUGCUGAGCAAAUAGACAAGGUGAGGAGGUACAAUCGGAUGCUGCAGCAGUUAUAUAGUUUCUACAGUACGGGUCCUGUCAGGAUGGCUGGACUCAAAGAGAACUGCAGAAAAUCCUGGAGGAUCCCGUCAUUAAGCUGAAAGAGCCCCAAAAUGUCCGCUGGUUGAGCCAUUUUGCUGCGGUCAUGGCAGUAAGGAGGAGUCUCAAUUCAUGAAUCGCCAGCCUGGAACGAGAGGCGACAGAGAGACGAUGUCUCAGCAAGUGGAUUGGCACGAGAGGUGAAGUCCUUUGACUUCCUGGCAUGCACAGCGAUGCUGUUCAUUACAAACUUAUUGAUAGGAUAACCAGCAACCUAGAGGUACGGUGCCCAGACUCGGAGCUACUAAGGGCCUUCGAGGUGUUUGGAGACACUGAUGCCGAUUUCGACAUACGUGAAGGCAGCAGUUGUCAGGUAUUAAUAAGACAGAAAAUGUUUUUUUAACAAGAUGUUAAAAUCGUCGGAGGCCACCUACUGUUUAGAUACUAAUACACCUUCGCCCAUUGUGUAUAGUUGAUCGAGGCAAUAUUCCUCUUCCAAUUCAGUUAUUCAGUCUCAGAGGAUGAAGUGAAGGAAUCUCCCCCAUCUAUUGCUGCUGUGACCAAAAGCCUUAAAGAAGCAAUAGCGAAUUUGAAUGGCGCAGUGAAAUCAGUUGUGGAAAGUGUGCAAAAAGAGAAAGCUUUAGAAUAUCAAGGCCAGCGCAUUGAUGACCUUGAAAAGAAAAACAAGAAUCUGGAAGGGAGAAUGGAGAAAAUGGAAAAACUUGAUACUCCAUUGCAGAAAAAGGUUGAUCAUCAAAAGGCGGAGAGUAAUAAAGCUGAGAGGUUCUCCAGGCACAAUAGUUGCUGUCUGGUAGGCUUACCAGAACUUUCCGAAGAGGAGGAGUGCAACAAGCUGGUUCAUCCGUGUCCAUAAAGCAGUACAACAGGAACAAACCCGCUAAGUAUGGAUUACUAUUCCGAGCCAUGAAUUCAGCAAGGUAUGCAUACACAUUCGUCACCCUCCCCUACAGUGGCAAACCAACCGAAGCGCCAACGGCAGACUACAUCACCGGAACAGAGGAAAUCGUUCAGUAUUUAGUGAACAAGAUGAAGGAAUAUAACCAUGUCCAAGGAAGGAACAUCACCAUGGAUCGUUUCUACACCUCACUAUCCUUGGCAGACUGGCUGUUUACAGAGGUCAACGCAACAAUAAUUGGCACCAUGAUGAUAAAUCGUAAGGGUAUACCAGCUGAAGUCAAACCGACAGCAGGGAGAGAUGAGUUCUCAUACGAGGUCUACUGGAAUGUCGAGAAUCAACAGAUGAGCCUUCAUUCAUACAUGUAUGUGGUACGAACCAAGAGCACUGGCCCUCGUAACGUGCUUGUCCUGACCACGAUGAAGCCAAUUCUAGGAACGACUACUGAUGGUGGGAAGCAUAAACCUGCUAUUUUCAAGCUCUAUGACUUCACCAAAGGAGGAACUGAUAUAGUGGAUCAACGAAUGCAAACCUACACCACGAAGGCGAAGUCCAACAGAUGGACAAUGGUGGCAUUCUAUUACCUGCUGGACACAUGUAGAGUCAAUGCCCAAUCCAUUUUGUCAAUGAACCAGGGACUUGAUCCACGGAAGGCAUCAUCUUUCGAGUUUGGAUGGGACUUGGUUGAGAGCCUUGUAGUACCUUACAUCCAGCAGCGACCAACAGUAGGCCUUCCAACAUCUGUUCUCCGAAAGAUGAAAUUCUUUACUGGGGAACCUGUACCAAGAGAGAGGAUUGCCCUAGCAUUCGACAAAGUAGGAAGCAGAAAGCGGUGCACUACAUGUGUAGAUGACAGCCAUGGUGAAGGUCAUAAAAAAGAAAAGCCUUCCAAAGAUGACAUCGCAGUGCCAAAUGUGUGGAAAGACAACCUGCAAGACCCACUCAGUCAUCCAAUGCAAAUCUUGCGCAUUCGAAUCUGCAUAAAGACUCUCAAACAUGAUUGUCACCAUACACAUGGACAAAUCAAUAAUACUUUAUAGUUUAUUUGCCAAUCAUUUGCCUAAUUUAUAGUACUUUACUUUCAACUUCACAUGAUUGAGAAACACCUCUGACGUAAACAUGUUGAUCAAGUUGAUGAAAAUGCAAAGUUCAAAAAAACAAUUCAAAAACUUUUACCAUCACACUUGCCAUUUUACUGUAAUAACCAGACUGUUAUUUAUAUUUUUUUUUUCACAUUGUGUUUUGUAAACAUGAAAGUAAAUGUCAUGUUUGUUUUGUUGAGACAUUUGAUGUGGGACGAAACUGGAAGAUAAAGAUAAAUUGAUACCUUUCCCAAAUAAUUUUUUGGUGUAAUUUCUUUUCACGUUUGUCACUAAGUACCAAUGAGUGAAUGUGAAUGAUGCGUAUGAAUGGCUAAUUUGCAUAAUCUGCAUACUAAUUGUUUUUUUUUUAUUUUAGCUUGAAAAUAUAGUGGUACAUAAAGAAACAGUGCAAUUUUUGAUACAAAUGUAUUUUUGAGCAAUAUAAAAUGAAAUGUGGUUGUAAUUUUGUCAAAUAGCAAAAGACGCUUGACGAAAAACAAAGAAAUACA